AUGGCAAGCAAGUGGCGCCUGAACCGGGCAGAAGAAAGCUCUGUUCAAAAGGAGGCGGAUGCGGUGAAGGCGGAAAGGCUGAACCAGGGCUGCUCUGAGCAGGAGGCCAAAGAAGCUCACAGGCAGCAUGUCGCCACCCGCACGCAAGAGCUGAAGAAGGCAAAGGCUGAUGCCAGCAAGGCUAAGCAGGCUGCCCGGUCCGCAGGCGGGAAAGGUGCAGCCGCCCCGCCGUCGCUUGCCGCCCCGUCAGCGGACGUGCUCCAGAACAACACGGACUACUACACGAAGCUGAUGGACUCAAUGUCUGUCAUUCAAGGCCACCCUGUUUUUCAGCGGAUCAACGAGGCGAUGCCGCUGCUGAUCACGGAUGAUGAAACCAAAGAGUGCGGCGUUCAGGCUGUCUUUGAGGCGGAGGCUGCGAAGAUUGCAUUGGCUCGGACAGGAGUGUACCGGGCAGCUUGCAAUUUGUUCUGGCUUGACCUGACCAGCAACUCGACACCGAGGGUGCCGCUGAGCUACGCAAGGGUGCGUGAGUGGGCACAGACUGUCUUUGGCAAGGGGCCGCGCCACUUCAAAGACCUCAUUCUCGUUGCAGCCCCUGCAGCUGACUCGGACUUGCUUGCUUUGCGCGGAUCUUGGAAACAAGUGACGCCGGAAGAGCUGACUCACAGCACUGUGUUUGCGCUGGCAGACCGCAUCACAGCAGGCGCCGGUGAGGAAGAGCUGCGAUCAUGGCGUUCCUGCUUGCUGAGCACGCCGAUGAUGUUCAGUGUCCUGGGCAACGAGGAUGCAAUCUAUUGGGAGGCAUACGACCAGAGGCAGAGGAUUGUCCAAAGCCACGACACUAUCAAGAGGUCAGCCCGGCAGUGGGCGCACGAGAUCAUGGCGUUCAAAGAGAGGAAGGAGCAGGAGCUUGGCGAGGCGUUGACUUCAAAGCGCUUGCAAAUGCUGUUCAAAGAUGGCUCGAAGCACACCGAGGCUCGCUCCACCAAGAUCGAAACUGGCGCGGACAACUUCGUUGCAGACUGUCAAAGGGUUUACGAGAAACUGUUGACAGACAACUACUGCAACGCCAAGCUCGAGUCGUUGGAGCGCCAAUUCGGACUGGAGUCGCCGCUCAAUAGCCUUCUCAAGCUCCGUGUCAUCAUAGAGAAAACAAGCAACGUCGAACAGCGGCGCUGGGUGUUGGGCUUUUUCGAAGAUGCAUUGUCGACUGGCAAACUGAGCUGCGACGCGGUUGGAAAGAGCUACCUCCAGGGCUCGCCAACUGCUGCUUCAGCCGUGGACUUCAUCAAGUUCCGCCGGCAGGCUGUGGACUUCUUCCUGGAGGUGGAACUUGCUCGGCAAGGGUUUCGCUUGGAAGACUUGCAGCUUGUCAAGCAGCAUCUGGCCAACGUGGAGAUCUACAGGCAGACAGUCACUGCUAAGCCAGAUGCCGAUGGGGUUGUGGCGAGCCAGUGGCAAGCUGGUCUGAAGGUUUCCUCCAUCAAAGCGCUGAAGCUGAUGGAGGACCUGCUGUUCGGAAACUCGCUGAACUCAGCCAUGAUCGCGGUCCUGAAAAAGAACCCAACCAAGCCAGAGCCCCUGGAGCUGUGCGAGGUCGAGACAUUCAGCCUGAGGAUGCGUGAGUGCACGAAAGAGAAGGAUGCCGAGACAGCGUCGGAGAAAGCUUUGGCCGGCAUGAGCGAAGAGGCUGAGCAUGCUCGGGAGGAUGACGAGUGCACCAAGAUAGCAAAGGGCGCCAUUCCGGCCACGCCCUCGCGCUACACGAAAGGCAGCGUCGAACACUUUACGGCGACUGCUGCAGAGUUGCUCAACAUCUACUGCCUCCUGCAGCCCGAGCCAUCGACGGAAUCCGCGCUCAUCAAGAUGAUCAGCGAGUCCCCUCUGAGCCCGAGCAAGGUCAAGGGAGUUCCUGGCAAGUCAGCUGUGUUGAUAUACCUUGACACACAGCUCAUCGGCGAGAGCAACAAGAAGCCGGCAUUGCGGCUGCCACCCAUUCAGCCAGGCUUGUUGCAGAAGCUCAUCACUUGCGCGCUCAAGGCCAGAGGUUCCUCCCCCGUUGGCAAGUCUACCCAAGUGGACACACCGAUCGAGGGCGACAUGAUUGUCGUUAACGACGGUGGCCGCGCAAGGGAUGACCAGGUCCUGGCUCCCUUCAAGUCAGCCAGGACAAGGGGCAGCGUGAGUCCCCACUUGGAGCACUGGGAGCUCAGCCUGAUCAUCAGCCAAGACAGCGUCAAGCAGAAGAAGAGAAAGAGCCGCGGUGCUUUGAACCAAGUAAUGAAGUUUCACUUCAUUACCAAGGACUCCUUGGACAAGAUGGUGCCAGAAAGGAAGCACACAAAGUACCCUGGCAGCUGUCGCGGCAAUGCUCUGGCGUUUGUCUCCAGCCAAGCGGACGAGGAUGAUGUCGAAGAGGGGACGGCGGCCGCGCAGGAGGCAGAGGGGGAACUUCAACGGAAAGACCACGAUGUCGAGCCGGUCUUCUUUCACAACUUGCCAAAGGUGCUGUUUGAGAACUUGCUGGGCUCUUGGAGCAUUUCUGCAGUUCUGGAUCUCAGCCCAGGGUCAGGAGAGCUGGCCAAAGCUGCUGUGGAGAAGCGAUUGCCUUAUUAUGGAGUCUGCCUGAGUGAAAGCCAUGCCGUCAACCUGAAGCAGGAGCUCAUUGGCCACAUCAAGACGAGCAUGGCGACAGAGGGCACGCCGUUGUAUGCUCCAGAAUGGGCCGAAGUGAAGAAGACAAAUCCGGGACCCAAACCAAAGCCCAAGCCUAAGCCAAGCAAUGAUGGAGAAGGCAACGAAGAUGACGAGAAGGAGAAGAAGAAGCCGAAGAAGAAAAGGAUCAUCGCAGAUUCAAAUUCAGACUCUGCAAGCGAAUGA